CCCUGUAUAUCCCAGGAAUGCGAGUGAACCAAGAGAAGGAAAGCCGAAGUAUUUCCAUCAGCCAGAAGAAAUAUAUUGGAGAACUGUCACUCAGCCCACCCUUAUAAAUGCGUUGGGGUUCGCAUUUAUCGACAGAGACAUCAUGGAACCGAAAAUGUUCGUCGUCUGCAUUAUUGUGCUCUUCUUCGGAGUGAGUGACUCCGCAAAAGACCUUCCGAAGAAAUGUAGAGUAAAAAGAGGAGACUGCGAGGAAGCAAGUCUCUUGAAAAGAUUCUACUACAACGAGACAAAGAGGCGGUGUUCCUCUUUCUUCACUUGUCCUGGCGAGGGAGACAACUUCUACCCAAGGAUGCUGGAAUGUGUCAGAGACUGCAAGCCAAGACAAAAACCAGCAAAGUGCUACAAAAAAAAGCCGAGAAGAUGCAGAGGAGAUACGUCUGGCGUGACAGUCUGGACGUACGAUCUGACACAGAAGAGAUGUGAAAGAGUUGAAAAUGCUUGCAAAGUUACCAGGAACAAGUUUCUAUCACAGGAGGACUGCGUAUUGGAAUGCAAUGGCUUCGACAAGAACGGCCUGCAGGAGCGGUUCAAGAACAAGAAGCCAUAAGCGCCAUAAGCGGUUCAAGAACAGAAGACAUAAAAUAUGAGGAAUGAAUGAAGAAGGAUACUGUAGUGCUCCGUCCAAGGUACCAUGGAAAUGAAUCGCAGUGACUGAUUCGUCACAAUCACAAUGAAUUAUUGAAAAAUAAUAAUAUUAAAUCGUAUUUUCCUUUUU